UAUAUAUAUAAAGAGCUAUCUAUCCAUCUAUUUCUGAUAAAGGUCAGACAUCGCUUAUGUUCGUAAUACUGAACAUGUCAGUAUAUCGAUUGAUGAAAAGCUCGUAACUUUAUCCAGUUCAGUCUUGCACGAACCUGGAAUCGCAUGUGUAUUCUCUUUUUCGCGAAACAAAUAUUUUCCUUAUGAAAUAAUUUGUAAUUGAUAACAAGGUGUUUAACUUGUAAACGCGUUUUGCACACACCAAUAUAAGUAAAAAAAACUUAUAUAUCGAUAAAAAUAACUAAUUUUGAAUAAAGUAAGACCAAAUAUGCCUGUGCAACUGUAUUAUUUGCCUCCGAGUCCACCAUGCCGAGCCGUAAUGCUCACGGCAGAAGCGAUUGGGCUCGAAAUGGAACUGAUAAUGCUGAACAUACAGGCUGGUGAGCAUUUGACAUCGGAAUAUGAACAGUUGAACCCACAGAAAACGAUCCCCUUUCUAGUCGAUGACGAUGUCAAGAUAUCAGAAAGUCGAGCUAUUAUGUCUUAUCUCGUUGAUCAGUACGGCGAGAAUGAUACAUUAUAUCCGCAAAAUCCAGAGGCACGUGCUCUAGUCGAUCAACGAUUAUACUUCGAUCUUGGCACGCUCUACGCGAGCGUGUUCCAUUAUUACAUGCCCGUGUUAAGAAAGCAGACCGAUACAUACGAUCUGGCGCAAUAUGAGAAAAUGACGGAGGCCUUUCGAAUUUUGGACAAGUUUCUCGAAGGACAUGAUUACGUGACCGGAGAUUAUUUGACGAUCGCCGAUCUUGCCUUGGUCUCAUCUGUUACCACAGCAGAGGUUUUUGGAUUCCACUUGGACGAUUAUGAAAAUGUUACCAAUUGGUUGGAAAAAGUUCAAACAUUUGCACCUGGAUACGAGAAGGCUAACGGCGAGCCACUCGAAAUAUUUAAAAAAUUCGUAGAAGACUCACGAGACGAAAAAAAAGACGAAGAAAAAGAAGGAGAAGAAGAAGAAAAGGAAGAAGCGGAAGAAGAAAAUGAAGAAGCAGAAGAAGAAAAUGAAUAAUAUAUUAUAUCAAAUACAUUAUUUCUAAUUGUUUGCGAAUACAAGGCAGUGAAUAAAAUACUUGCAUAGCACUUUAAUGUGAUGCUCCCAAUUAAAUUUCAAUUAUAUAAUAAUUGUAAAGAAAAGUAAUCUCUGCUAUGAAAAAAAAACAACUUUAUUUAAGCUUAUAUGUGGGAUAAUCAUAUAUCAUUUUUUAAAACUUUUCUUUCAGAUCUUUGUAUUUUCUAAGCAUACUUUAUAAAUACAAAAUAAUAUGAAUAAGAGCAAAUAAAAAGGAAACAAUGCACA